UUCAUAACAGACUUCUACUAAGGAUGUUUAUAUAUUCAAAUUAGAAAUUUAAACGACUAUCAGUUGUAGUCUGAAACUUGAGGGUGCACCAUGAAGACGAUCGGAAUUUUGUUAUUCAUUGUUGCCGGAUGCUGUCAUGGCCUUGUUGAUAUAUGUCCAGGUGGUGAGGUAAAGAAAGUCUUUGGAGAUUGCGUAAAGCAACAUGGUGGAAAUAAGGCUCUCAUAACCGACUGGAUUGCCCACAAGAAUGCCGAGGAUGACAAUAGCAAGUGCUUUCGCACCUGCGCCAUGAAGAACUGCGGUUGGUUCGAUGCCAACGGGAAACUGAAAAAAGAAGUUCCCGAAAGAUCCGCCUACGCUCUAUAUGGCGGCGAUGCAAGUAAAAUACCACAAAUUAUGGAGGCGGGUAAAAAAUGCCUAGACACCAUUCAGUAUGAUGAGAAAAAUAUGUGCAAUAGCGGUGAAAACUUUUCCAGAUGCAUUAUGGGAAACUGCAAGAAAUGUAGUCUUAAUUUGUCGGCUGCUCUUUGAUUAUAUAUUAAAAAAUGACUAAUUUGAAAUGCCUAUAUAAUUUUGGAAAAAAAAAUUGUGAAAAAUAAAAAAGAAAAAAUGUUGGUAGUGAAUCCAAGUUCGGCCGGGCCAAA